AUGCACAAGAAGAAUUAUUUGAUGCAUGAUCUGGAGCUAGCUGCAGUGGUAUUUGCCCUCAUCACUUGGAGGCAUUAUUUAUAUAGGUCCAAAUUUCAGGUGUUCAGCGAUCACAAAAGCUUGAAGUACUUGUUUGAUCAGAAAGAACUGAAGAUAAGGCAACGCAAGUGGAUGAAGUAUUUAAAAGAUUACGACUUUGAGUUUUUAUACCACCAUGGUAAAACCAAUGUCAUUGCAGACGCCCUGAGUAGGAAGAGAGUUCACAUGUCUGUUAUGAUGAUGAAAGAACUCGGGCUGAUUGAGAAGCUACAGGAUUUGAACUUGGGAUUACACACAGGUGUAGGUCAUAUAAGGUGUAGUAUGUUAAGGGUCACUAAUAAGUUCCCAGAGGAGAUUCGGGUGGAACAGGGUACGAAGACAAAAAUGGUAGAUUAUGUGGCAUCUUGUCUGGUGUGCCAAAAGGCGAAGAUUGAACAUCAGAGGCCAGGUGGUAAGUUGGAGCCUCUAGAUAUUCCUCAAUGGAAAUGA